AUGUAUAAAUUAAAUACCCAGUAGGGCCAUUCCUUCUUCAAUCUUCAAACUCCAAUCAAUUAUUUCUCAAAAAAGAACUUAUUUUAAUCAGCUACUGAAAUUAAACCUAAAAGAAUGGAUUCUUACGGGAGAUCAAAUCUAGCUCCUCGAUCAUUACCCAAAGAAUUUUGGUUUAGAGACCAUCCCAAAUCCAGUAGGAAAAAAAAAAAAGAAUUGCUUAAAAUAUUUAGAUAUUUAAACCCUAUGUAUUAUGAAAGAAUGGAAUAAUACCAGCAUUUACAAGAUUAUCAAAAUCAAGUCUGUACACCAAGUCCAUCGAGAAAAUGGAAGAAGUGUAGGAAUAUCACUCUAACUAAACCCUCAUAAACUAGAAUGACGUCAGGAAUAAUUAAAUAAAAAUUUCAAGAGACUCUUCAUCUCUUAAUUCCAUAAAAGUAUUCAUCUCCUAAAAUUGCUCGAUCUUAAGUUUAAUCCCCAAAUAAAAAUAACAAUAAACCAAGUAAUGAAACUAAAAAUAUUAAGCAAUUCUAGCAAUUUGAUAUAUUGGAAUCAAAUCAUACAAAUUAUGUACCAAGUCUAUUAUCAAUUGAUAGAUACAAUAAAGAAAAUAGUAUCAAUUAAAGUAAUACCAAUAACAUAUCGUACAUAUAACACAAAGAUAUCUCUUCUAGUCAAAUCACUCCCAGAAAUAAAUUUAUCAAAGACUGUUGCAGAUUGUAUGGCUUAGAUUCGCAUAAGAUACCUACAAUAAAUAAGUUGGUUUUCUAGGAUCAAAUUCCCUUAACUGAAUCAUACGAAACUAAAAGUGAUAAAAUUAAAAUGUUAGCAAAAUCAAUUGAGAAAUCAAAUUAUCAACAGAAUAAUCUACUGAAUUUAAGAAGAAAGCAGAAAGAAUUACAACUGAAUCAAAAAUAAAGAUUACACUCUAAUUCACUAAAAAGAAUAUAAUGCAAUGUAUAUAAUAAUAGUGUGAAUAGAGUGAUGAGUACAUACUUUCCCUCUCUUAAACAGAUUAGUAAGCGUAAUCUGUGA